CUUUAUUUUCCUGCCCAGCUGUCGCAUCAGCUGAAUUUGACGUUUCACGUUCAACGCAGGACGCAUCAGGGCCCGACAAAAAUCAAAACAAACUUGUUUGUCACGGAGCGGCCGCUGUCUUUGCACAACAACGAAGCACGUCCUACGCCCGGAAAACCAAAAUCAGAGAAGGGCUCAGAGAAGCCCCAGUGGCAGUGGUUGUUGUUGUGUGGUGAGGUUUUUUUUUGUCUGUGACGUGUGUGUGUGUGUGUGUGGUUGUGUGCAGUCAACCGGAACCCGAUUUUUUCGCCGUCGUCUGGAGGCUGAGGCGUAAUUACAACGCGAAAAGAGAGAGAGAGAGAGCACGAUGGAAAAGCAGCACCCGGAGCACCGCGCGGAGGAGGGCAGGAAGGCCUCCCCGGUGCCCGUUAUCAAGCAGGACCAGCAUCUAAUCGCGGUCGUCACCAGCCUGCUGGACAGCCUGAACGACAAGGAGGAGCUGCUGCGCACCACGACCGAGGCGUCCCUGAUCCGCAUCGCCAAGCGGCGGCACGAUGAAAUCGUAGAAGUGUUCUGCGACUACCGGAAGAAGCACCCCAAGCUGGGCGACACACACACGCUCAUCAUACUGAGAGUAAUCUCGUACAUUGCAACGAAUCUGAUCGACGUGAUCGAUCCGAACACCGCCUCCAAGUGCAUCCAGUACAGCAUGGCGGAAAUCAUGAAGCUGACCGAGCAGAACGCCUCGGUGCAGAACCCGUGCCGGGAGAUACUGGUCGCGGUCGGGCGGCGCUACUGCAAAGAGAUAAUGGAAAUCUUCGUGAAGCACCUGGAGCAGAACCAGCUCGGCAACUUUAUGAUCGUGCAGUCGGUGGGGGCGCUCGCGACGGCCAACACGCUCGACACGGUGCCGUACAUUAAGCCGAUCCUGGCGCUGAUGCUGCCGACGCUGUCGGCGGUGCGGCAGGACUUUCUGCGGCAGGCGUACGCGUACGCGAUCGGGCGGUUCUGCGAGGCGUUCUCCGAGUACCAGGAGUACCAGCGCCAGAACCCGAACGAGGAGACGCCGAUGAAGACGGGCGUGCGGUACGAGAUCCAGGACGAGGUGUCGAUCGUGUACGACCACUUCCACGCCCAGUGGCUGGCGUCGCGCGAACCGAAGCUAACCGGCGAGGUGCUGAAUGCGUUCGCGUACAUGUACCCGCUGCUGCCGGUCGAGCGGGUGAGCGACAAUCUGGCGAAAACGGUCCCGAGCGUGCUGGCCCUGUACCGGAAGAGCCUGGACCGCAGCGCCGUCACGCAGUACCUGGCGUCGAUCAUCAAGACGGUGCUGCAGCUCGACUCGAAGCUGCUCGCCCCGAUGGCGGACACGCUCGUCGGCUGCCUGUUCGAUCUGGUGUGCGUCAGCCCGGACUACGACAAGCCGCAGACGGUGAAGGGGCACUUCGAGGUGCUGCGCUGCUUCGAUCUGCUAGCGCCCGAGUACGGGGAGAAGAUCAUCGAGAUACUGCUGAUCCACCUGCGCAACAACAGCGAGCGGGAGCGCAUCAAGUCGCUGCUGGUGGUGACGCACCUGACCAACACGUCCGAGCCGGUCGUGCGCGACAAGCUGCCGGAGAUAACCGCCAUCCUGCGCGGGCUGCUCGCGACGGAGAAACCGGUCAAGGUGCGGAUCGUGCUGCUGCGCACGGUGGUCGCCUUCAUGCAGAAGAACUUUGUGCGCGACCGGGAGUUUGUCGCCUUCCUGAUCCGGUGCAGCUGCCGGCCGGCCAAGCUGAACCUCGACCACGGCAGCGCGGAGGAGCACCAGGAGUUUCAGCGCGCCUGCCACGACACGAUGCACAUCCUGUCGUCGACGGUCGGCACGGUGGACCGGAUGCUGCGGGCGGAGCUGCUGCAGGCGUACCUGCGCUACGAGUACACCGACAUCUGCGGCACGAUCGGCAAGUGUUUGGCGAACCUGUACGCGAAGGAUCCGGAGCUGGGGCUGCACGGCGCCGCCGCCGCCGGCGCCGCUCCCGACCGGCACAGCGACAACCCGUUCGACGAGUCGGCCGGUGGAGGAGGUGUGGAGCUGGGCGAUGAGGCACAGCCGGGGGCGCCGCCGCCGCCCCGCCCGAUCGCUGUGUUUGUGCGGACGCUCGCGCUGCUCGGGAACUUUGGCGAGCAGGGGCGGAUACAGCAUCUGCUGGCGUUUCUGAAAAGCUACGCGGGGAGCUUGUACCGCCAUCUGGUGCCGCUGUGGGGCGAGCUGCUCGGCGCGCUGCAGGCCGAGCUGGCGGGCGGCAUCGACGAGCAGCGGUACUUUGCGCUGCUGUUUGCGUUCGUGCAGGAAACGAUACGCGACGUGGACGAGUACACGUUCGUGGAGGGCGUCAUCGCGGAGAUGUUCCACCAGCUGCCCCUGUACCAGCCGGCGAGCGGCGGCGGGAGUGGAGGAAGCGCCGGCGGUGGAGGAGGAGGAGGAAGUGGUGGCGGUGGGGCGGGACAGGCGGCCGAGUUCCGGGUGCCGCCGCUCGACCAGGAGCGGCGCAUGCUGGUGAAGGUGUUCGGCGUCUGCCUGUGCCACACGCGCGACGAGCAUCUGAUCGAGAACAAGCUCGACCUGAUCGUGGCGCUGGCGAAGGGCGAGAAGGCGGACAAGCACGCGCCGACCGAGGAGUACGAGCGGCUGAUGCAGGACUACGCCGAGGCGCUCGGGUACGCCUCGGUCGAGCAUCUGGACCGGGUGAUGGGCAAGCUGACGGCGCUCGUGAUCGACGACGGGGCGGUGAAGAAGUCGAGCAGCUUCUUCGCCAACCUGAACUUCAUCAAGGACAGUGCGCGCGAGCUGGAAGCGUACAAGCUGAAGGUGCUCGCGCUGCAGUCGCUGCACGUGAUCGUGGGCCGGGCGCCGAAGGACGCGAUCGCCCAGCACUACACGGACGCGGUCGUGCGCUACCUGAUCGCGCAGUUCGACAGCAAGGAGCUGUUCGUGCGGCAGCUGGUGCUGAAGACGCUGCUCGCGCUUACCGCCGUCCUGUCGCCGUCGGACGGCGACGAGCGGCUGGCGAGCGAGCGCAACCGGGCCGAUCUGCACCGCAUCUGCAUGACGAUCACGGCGGACAGUGCGAACGAGUAUCUGCCGCUGCUGCCGUCCAUCAUACAGCUCGCGACCGUGCUGGUGCAGCUGAGCGCCGAGGAGCAGAACCUCGACGUGAACGGGCUGCUGAACGCGAUCUGCUUCUACUUCUUCACCACGGCGCAGAACCUUAAGUCACGCCUGGACACAACCGAGGACGAUGCGCGCACCAGCUAUCUGGCCCGCUUCCUCAACCGCUCCCUGCCCGAGGUGAAUCAGUUCAUACGCACCGUGCUGGUGCAGCAGAACGCGUCGCCCGCCUGCCUGGACGAUGUGCACUCGAUACUGGAGAAGUGGCUGAAGGACCGGAACGGCGAGGUGCGCAUCUGCGCCUGCCACGUCUACAACAGCACGCUCGAGGUGUACAUGCGGUCGAUGAAGAUCGGGUGCGAGGCCCCGUCCAAGUUCAACCAGACCGGCAGCAUGCUCGGCAAGAUGGUGCCGCGCUGCAUCGACUCGAACGCGACCGUCCGGCAGACGGCGGUGGACGUGCUGAAGAAGAUACUGGAGAUUGCGUGCGUGUACGAGACGCUCACGGUCGCGGACAGCAGCGUCGAGUGGGUCGGCGAGCUCGACCGCAUCCGGGACGAGAUCGUGACGGACGACGCGAAGGACAUCUACCGGCUGGCGGCCGAGCUGGCGCGCAUCAUCGCCCAGCGCCUGUCCAGCUACCAGUACGUGCAGUUCAGCAAGUGUCUGCUGUACAGCGUGAGCGAUCCCGAGCCGAGCUCGGUGAUCGGCGCGUCGUACGUGCUCAAGUUCUUCAUGCACGUCAAGGGCUCGGAGAUGUUUCACGCGAUCCCGGAGCUGGUGAAGGAGUGUCUCUACGCUGUUAAAAUCUGUGAAGUACCGCGGGCCAAAACGACGAUACUGAAAUCGAUACUGGCGCUCACCAAACACCACCCGAAGCUGGUGUGCAACGAGAUUCUCACACAGUGUUUGCCGCUGGAAGAGCACGUGAUCGAGUACUGGAAGACGCUCACGAUGGACGCGGACCUGAGCGGUAUCAUCCUGGACAACUUCAUCGGUGCCGUCACCUCCACCUGCCUGUACGAGCAGCCGCAGCAGCAGCAGCAGCAGCAGCCGGAUCCGACCGAUGAUGCGGCGCGCACCGCCACGCUGCACCCGUUCGCGAUCGUGUGCGUGCUGCGCGAGAUGUUCGCGUGCGCGGAGCUGAAGAGCGAGAUGCAGUCCCGGUUUCCCGAGAUCUUCUGCAUGCUGCUCUCCACGCUCGCCUCCUACAUUACGCUGCUGCCGCCGUACAGUGUGCUGGCGCAGCCGAACGCCGCCGGCAACGUGACCAUCCCGAAGGGUGGCAGCCGGCGGGGCGCGAAAGCGAACGGAGCGCCGGGCGGUACGGGCAAAGAGGCAGCUGCGGCCAAGCUGAGCCCGUGCCAGAUCGUGCUCGACGCGUUCCAAACCUUCCUGGACACGCUCGGCAUGCAGCAGAUCUCGCUCGUGCUGGCCGUCUGUCCCGAUCUGGCCGCCAGCACCGAUCUGAACAGCUUCAUCGAGAUACUGACGCCGCUCGGCGUGGCGACGGCGAGCGAGGUCGGCAUCAACUCCGCGCUGAUGCGCCAGCUCGUCACCACGAUGAGCCGGUACGUGAGCAGCCCGUACGACACGCAGCGCAUCGCGUCGACCGGCUUCUACGCGCACCUGGUGCCGCUGCAGCCGUACGGCGAGACGGCCUCGGUCAUCAUGCUCAGCCUCGAGUCGUCGCUGAACGAUCCGAACCCGCUGGUGCGCGGGCUGAGCAUCCGCGGGCUGGCGUACGUGUGCAGCCUGACCCGGCACGACAUCGACAAGUACGCGACGAUGUGUCUGACCUCGCUGCUGAAGGGUAUUGAGGACUACAACGAGCGCUGCUUCAUCAACAUCCCGCUCGACAGCAUGCGCGGCCUGUCCCGGGUGCUGCAGGCGAUCGAGCCGGCCAAGUUCGAACCGUUCCAGGUGUCGUCCGCCAUCCGCAUCCGGCCGUUCUUCGAGAAAAGCUCGACCGAGCUGCGCGAGUCCGCCAUCCUGCUGUUCGGCGAUCUGUGCGGGCUGAAGCUGAAGCAGCUGCCGGCCGGUGAGGCGGGGCAGCAUGAUGGGGCGGACGUGUCCGAGUCGCUGGUGGAGCAGCUGCGCGCGAACCUCUGCUCGCUGCUGCUCCAUCUGUGCGAGCAGAACAGCAUGAUAGCGCGGGCGUGCAAAAUUACGCUCAAGAAUGUGUGCGCCCUGCUCGGCACGGCCAAGAUGAAUGCGCUCGCCCAGAACCAUCUGCUCGAGCACGGCCAGCUGCAGUGUGCCGUCUUUCUCAAGGAUUUCGUCAAGCUGAUCGGCGAAGAGUUGCAGGAGUGGAUUAAUGAUUUUAUCGACGCCUGUCUGCCACUGCUGCGCAGCCAGUGGCCCGAGAUACGCGGCAACGCGGCAAUACUUAUCGGACUGCUCCACUGUCAGAAUGCGAACGUCAAGUGCCAGCACAUGGAGCAGAUUGGGCACAAAAUAUCGCUCCUGCUGAAGGACGAGUGUACCACGGUGAGGGUGAGUGCGUCGGAAGCACUCGGCUACAUUUACGGUGAGAUGUGAGUGGCGGGCGGGUUCGUCGCCUGCUCCUUUGUCGCUGGCCAGAUAGCAUUUGGCGGGUGUGCAUGGGCGAGAGCAACGAUGUUACUUACCGAGCGGCAGCAAACGCCCCGCCCUUGGGUGGGGCCUGAGACUGAAGGAGAAGGCUGCUGAUCUUCGCUAAUGCGAAUGCAACAUUUAUUCCAAUCGCGCGAUCGUGAAUUUAUCUCAUUAGGUUUGUUUGUUUGUUUGUUUAUUAUUAUUAUUAUUAUUAUACACACAUAUAUAUUUUGGUACGUUUACUUGUUUUCGCACAUCGAGUGAAGCAUUAUGUAUGUGUGUGCUUUGUUGAACUUAGUUAGUGUUUGGGCUUGCAGAGACAGAAACAAAAACAGAACAGGUUUCCAAUUAUACCAGCUACCAUGAAGUGCAAUGCAAUUGCCAGCGACCCAUUGCGCGAGUAGCGCUUUGGGGCUUGCGUACAGUU